CGCAGCUUAGCGGAGACGCCCUUCUCAACGCGGCCGUAAUCAUAAGGACAUUGAAGGGCAGCAUGGUUUUCUCACUGAGUCUUCUCUACUUUGUCCUUGCUCUCUUCGCCUGCCUCGUACAGGGUGAUGAGACUUUGCAAGAAGCUGCGCGUAUAGCGCGUACACUCGUAGCAAACAAUAACAUUGGCACUAUGGGUACCAUUUACCCAGCAAGCCAUGCCCUCGCAGGUCAGCCGCUCGCGCUCCAGGAGUUCCACGCCAGCUGCUUGCGCAACGGCUCCCUGACCCUCAUAACCUUCCCCAUCUCGCAACACACCAUCAACAUCCGUGAUUCGGCGACGCAUUCUGCGAGCGUGGGCGUGUUUGCGAAUCCUCCUGGGGCAAACAGGCCGCGGAUGUCGCUCAUUGGGAAUGUGACGAUUUUCGAGCGCGCGGAGGAUAUGCCUGAGAGGGAGGAGAUUCGCGACUGCUACCUGCGCAACCACCCAGAGGCAAGGUGGUGGGUGCCGGGUGAGGGAGGUUUGACGUCACAUUGGGCUCGGUUUGAUCCAGAGGCUGUCUACUUCGUAGGAGGUUUCGGCGGGGCCCACUACAUCGGCUAUAUCCCGCUCGACGUUUACCAACAGGCAGAGCCAGCAUCAGCCCAAUCACUUCUCGUCCAGGAGUGAGACAGGAAGGGUUUACGUCUGCAUACACUCGUCGAGGUCAUUUGCAAGAUAAUGUAGGAUGGACAAUACAAUCGGAAGCUAUGAAUCCAGACGCAACAGAUAGGAUAGGCCUUCGCGAUAGGGCCGUCCCGUCUCACCGCGUCCGAAGGCCGCGUCUACAGCCUUCCGGACGCUGCCAUCGGCUGUUGCCAGCGCCCAAGGGGUGUCUCCAUCCCCCGUCGU